AUGACGGAGGUGAGUGUACGUCAGACGCAGCUAACUAUAAACCAUCAAGUUGACCGGGCAUUCACGUCCUCAGAGACAGGGUGGCAGUUGGUGUCUGGGGGCAUCACAGUGGCGACGCCUUCCAGUUUGCUGCUGCAGUGCUGUGCCCCGGUGCCCCUGAGGAACGUGGCGCUCGGCAAACCAAGUCGUUCGUCCAGCGAGUUCAGCUCCGAUUUCCUUCCUCAACGAGCAAACGACGGUGUGUUUACUCAGCCAUCCAACAUAUUCCACUCACUGGCCAAUGAUACACUGCCUUUCCUGGUCAUUGAUUUGGGCCUCGAAUAUGUCAUCGAGGCGGUGGCCCUCAUGCCGAGGCUGGUCACUUAUGGAACAAGAUUCGAGGACAUCGAAAUCCGCACUGGACUGACCUACGUGCUGGGUCCUGACUUCAGUACAUACACGCUCCUGGCGCUUUUCCCUGGACCAUCCCCCAACCCCGUAACUUGGGUGACCACAAACCUCACGGUGCCCGUGCUGGGUCGCUACAUCACCGUCCGGAGGAUGGCAGCUCCGGGCGAACCCCUUGAAGUCAGCGAGCUCAUGGUCUACAGUCGCACGUAG